AUGACUGAGGAGUUCAAACAAGUCGGAGUUUUCCCAUCAUUGCCGAAAACGACUCGUGGAAUGCCCACGGUUUUAGGUAGCAGCCCUGCUGGCGAAAAAAUUCUCUAUUGCAAUGGAAAUUCGGUGUACACGGUUCCCGUUGAUAAUUUGACCGGCUCGGAGAUUUACACGGAACAUUCGGUAGCAACCACGGUUGCCAAAAUGAGUCCGAGUGGCUUCUAUUGUGCUUCUGGAGAUGUCAACGGCAAUGUGCGCAUCUGGGAUACAACCCAGGCGACGCAUAUUCUCAAGGCGACGUAUCAAGUGUUCUCCGGACCUGUUCGUGAUAUCGCCUGGAACGAUGAUAGUAAGCGAAUUGCUGCGGUUGGAGAAGGAAAAGAAAGGUUCGGUCAUGUUUUCCUUUUUGACACCGGAACUUCGAAUGGAAACCUCUCGGGACAAUCCCGUCCAAUGAGCAGCGUCGAUUUCAAACCGACGAGACCAUAUCGAAUUGUUUCGGGAUCCGAAGACAAUACUGUCGCCUUGUUCGAAGGACCUCCGUUCAAAUUUAAAACUACAUUCCACGAACAUACCCGAUUUGUUCAUGUGACCCGGUUUAAUCCAGACGGAUCUCUUUUUGCAUCGGCUGGAGCUGACGGAAAAGUCGUCAUUUUUCAAGGGGCUGAUGGAAAUAAGGUUGGCGAGCUUGUUGAUGAAAAGGGCGUCGCUCACGGUGGUAGUGUGUUCGGGUUAUCUUGGUCGCCGGAUGGCGCGAAGAUUGCGACGGCUUCUGGCGACAAAAGCGUUAAAAUUUGGAAUGUUGCUGAUCGAAGCUUGGAAAAGAAAAUCGAUUUUGGAACAACCAUUGAGGACCAACAACUGAGCAUUCUUUGGACUAAAAAGGCUCUCAUAUCCCUUUCCUUGUCGGGAUUCGUUAAUUUCUUAAGUCCGGAACUAGGAACUAUUGAAGAGGUUCGUCAAGGCCAUAAUAAACCAAUCACUGCGAUUCAUCUGACCAUCGACAAGAAAUAUUUGUUCAGUUCGGAUUUUGAGGGUCAUACAACCCGUUGGGAAAUUGCGACUGGAAAAUCGAAUCGAGUGAAGCCAAGCCUUCACAAAUCGCAAAUUGUUGGACUUUCUUAUACUUCAAACGGCGAUUUGUUCAGCGUCGGAUGGGAUGAUCAGAUUAGAGUUACUCGGCUCGAUGAGCAGAACAUUGAUUCUGUGAAGCCUUCAUCAAUUGCACUUCCUUCUCAGCCUCUUGGACUUGCCGUGGCUCCGGACGGCUCUCUUGCGGUCGUUGCUUGCUACAAGCAUAUCGCUGUUAUUCGUAACGGAUCUGACAUCAAUGCGAUUGGAGUGAAUUAUAGCGCGAGUUGUGUUGCCAUUUCGCCAGACAACUUUUGCGUUGCAAUUGGAGGGCAAGACGCCAAGGUUCAUAUCUACAAAGUGUCUGGAUCUCAGCUCAUCGAAGACAAGACCAUUGCGCACACCGCCGCAAUUACUUCAGUUGCGUUUUCGCCGUCGGGAGCUCAUCUCGCCGUCACUGAUGCUGCGCGCAAAGUCAUUCCGUACUCAACGAGCGACUUUGUGACCGUUUCCGACAAGGAAUGGACAUUCCACACUGCAAAGGUGAACUGUGUCGCCUGGUCGCCGGAUGACAACCGAUUAGCCACCGGAGCUCUCGACACCAACAUUAUCGUUUGGGAUUUGAAGAAGAGUGGCGAGCAUCCAAUUAUUCUCAAAGGUGCUCAUGCGAUGUCACCGGUCAAUGGCCUUGCAUGGCUCGACGAAACGAACCUCUUGUCUGCUGGACAAGACGCCAACAUUAAACAUUGGUCGAUUCCCAUCUAA